AUGGGUCAGUUUGGAGUCGUGCCGAAGCACUUGUUCUCCGUGGACAUGACCUGUGAGGGAUGUGCCGAAGCCGUCUCCCGAGUCCUCAACAAGCUGGGAGGAGUGGAGUUCAACAUUGACUUGCCCAACAAGAAGGUCUGCAUUGAGUCUGAGCACAGCACGGACACCCUGCUGGCAACCCUCAACAAAACAGGAAAGGCCAUUUCCUACCUUGGCCCCAAGUAGCCAGAACCUGGGCGAGUCCCUUUGGAUGUACUGAAGAGGCUGUUGAUCUG